AAAACAACAACAACUGAACGCAUGCUCUACUAUAGCGGCGUAACACAACGAGUGGGAGAUGUGGACUCUGGCAACACCGUUACCGACUUUCUGGAGCUCGAGCGGGAGCGUGGAAUUACCAUCCAGUCGGCGGCCAUCACAUUUCACUGGCCGUUACAACAAGACUGCCCGCCUGGAACAUCACCAAAGACCAUAAACCUCAUAGAUACUCCCGGUCAUCAGGACUUCAGGUUCGAGGUCGACAGAUGCCUACCAAUUCUCGACGGAGCUGUCUGCAUCAUCGACUCUGUCAAGGGCGUGGAAGCACACACAGAACGAGUCUGGGCCUCUGCACAAGAGUUCAAGAUACCGCGAAUUGUUUAUUGCAACAAGCUGGAUCGUGAGGGUGCAUCUUUUAGAAAAUCCGUCUUGGAAAUCGGCUCUCGACUCAAAGGAUGGCCAUUGGUCUGUCAAAUCCCGUGGUGGGAAAAGGAGGACUUUGUCGGUGUGAUUGACGUUAUCGAUGGCGUAGGAUAUCGCUGGAAGAGCGAAAGACAGAAAGCUCGGUACGAGCCGGCUGAACUCAAAGAGUUACUGUCAACCUCAAACCAGUCGCUAUUGACGGAGAUGCAAGUGGCGCGCCAACGCUUGGUCGAGGGCCUGGCGGAUUUUGAUGAGGCUGUGAUGGACGAAUUUCUGGCCGAAAAUGAGAAUAUCCCUGCCCCCUUGCUGAAGCAGGCCAUCAGGAGAAGCAUACAACUUGGCGAUGGCCGUGUCAUACCGGUAUUCGCAGGCUCCAGCUUUCGUCACAUUGGCGUUGAGCCGCUCAUGGAUGCUAUUGCUGAUUAUCUUCCCAAUCCGGCUGAACGGCCCGACGUGGAGGUCAGGAUCGGGAGUACCAAGAGUGAGCUUCGCGAAGCUCUCAAAGGGAAAGGCAAAAAGGCUGUUGAUCCGAACGUCACUUCGGUGGCGUCUGUUUUCAAAGUAUUUGACCAUCCAAAAGAGGGCGUCAUCAGCUUUGUGAGAGUCUACCAUGGCACCUUGACUCGCAAUGCGCCGAGCUUCAACACCCAUAUGCUUAUUCAAGAACGUCCGAUGGGAAUCUUGCAGAUAUCAGCGUCCAAGACUGAAGAUAUUCAGGAGCUUUCGGUUGGCCAAAUUGGAGCUUUGAGGGGCCUCAAGAAGGCGCGCACUGGAGAUACCCUGAUCACCAUGGCAAGCGGCAAAGCAGUUCCGGAGCACUUGCGGCACAUACAAAUACGGCCUCCGGAAAUCCCACCACCGGUUGCUUUCCUGCAAGUUGACCCGUAUGGCAAUGUGGCAGCCCAGCAGUUAGAGGCCGCCCUGGAGAGUGCUUCGCGAGAAGAUCCUAGCCUUCGGUGGAGUAGAAACCCAAAGACUGAUCAGUUCACCAUCCAGGGUAUGGGAAAGCUUCACCUGGAUGUAUCUCUAUACAACAUGCGACAGAAGCACAAGAUAGAUGCCGAGUUUGGUCCUAUCGAAGUUGACUACAAGGAGUGUGUCACUGCUGAGACCUCUCCUCAAAAAGCAAUCUUCGACCGCCCAGUGGCUGGUAAAUCUGGCAAGGUUACCUGCACGGUCACCCUCAGGCCGAUAGAGGAAGGGGAACAUGACAGUUUGAUGGAAACCGGUCUUGAGAAGGAUGGGAAUAUCGUUCAGGUCGACAUUCCCAUGCACGGCGAAGCCAGCGCCGUGCUGGUUGAUGCCGAUGAGGCGCGUCAACAGCUGUUCAAUGGAGCUAUAGCUGGGUUGGCAAGAGGGCCUCGCCGUGCGUCGCCCAUCCACGGUUGCCAUGUCCACAUCACACUCGAUACAUCUCGCGAUGCGCUAGAAUCACCUACGGGGGGGCAUUUCAGUGGUGCGGCCAAGACCGCCGUCCAAGCUGCUCUUCGGGAGGCAUUCGACAAAAGUCAAAUUGGUGUCUUAGAACCCAUCAUGUUGACGCACAUCGUCUGCCCCGAGGCAGCCGCCGGAACAGUGCAGCAUGACAUAACAGCCGGCGCAGGCGGCCACGUGCUCGAAGUCAACGAUCGUUCUGCAGAGUCUGCCAGCGAGGAGCUGAUUGAUGUCUCCAAGAUAUAUGCGCCACCCGACCCCUAUGACUCUAUCACUUCCCUGAGAGGCAAGAAGUCAACUGCUCGGAUGGUCGAGAUCAUUGCAAAGGUUCCUUACAAGGAGAUGCUCAACUAUGAUGAGCAUUUACGAAGCAAAACUGCAGGUCGCCAUUCCAUGACGAUGUCGUUUGACUCGUUCGCAAGAGUGGUUGGCCAUCGGGAAAAGGAUAUUUGAACGCACUUGGAGCAAGCACGCCACUGCACCGAGCAUGAAGGUCACUGAAGCAUAGCUCACAGAGAGUAUAUUACUCACCAGUGACAGGAAAAGCCAGGCAGAGUCUUGCAGGGUGUGAGUCAGGUUACUUGUCUUGGCUACGGAUCGGGCAUUCGGUCCACGAGAUCUAUCUUCGAAUUGACGGAUCACCUCACUGCCAAGGCGGCACGCAAUUUGAUAUUAAGCCAUGGGGACAAGAUCAGAUGAA